AGACUGUGGUCGAUUUAACACGGAGCAGACACAUAUUCAACAGCUUUUCUUAGCAUUUUCUUGACUUUCUCGUGUGACAGUUUAUAUCCAGUCUUUACUUUCAGUUGAUCCGCAAUCCUGUCUUUCAAGCAACACUGAAUUUCGGACAGCUAGCUACCACCAGCAUCGACCCUUCCAGCAACAUUUCCCAUCACUGGCAACCAGAAAUGCAGACGACAUGACAACGAAGCAAAGAGCCUCGUCCUUCUGUCAGUGAACGUGUUGAGUUAUCUCCUGUGUGUCGGUCGGUCAUCUUAUUAAAAUGAAUUUCUUGCGUAAUCGUCUUGUUGUUCCGGGCCUGGUGUUGUUGGCCACGUUACUGCUGUACCUGCUGCUGCCAUCCAUUCGCCAGGGCAGCAUGGAGCCAUCUCUUGAAGCUCAAAGAAUGGGGCUGAUGGCCACCCCUCCUCCUCCACUUGCAACCAUUAACGUGUCCGUUCGCACUGGACAGCUACCCGGGGACCCACCACUGUUCUUCCGAGAGGCUUUACCAGUUGAUGGGGCUGGACGACAGAUAUUGCCGAGGCUGCAAGUGGUCCUCUUGCACGGCCAGGCAUUCACAUCCAAAACCUGGGAGGAACUCGGCACAAUGGCUCUGCUGGCAACUAACGGGUAUCAGGCCUUAGCAAUGGACUUGCCAGGGUAUGGAAAAUCCCCGGACUCAGAGGCUCUGAAGACUGACCAGAACCGAGUGGACCUCCUUUCAAGGUUCAUGGAGUCUUUGGGUGUCAGGGCAGCUGUGCUUUUGAGCCCCUCCAUGAGUGGACAUUACUCCAUGCCCUUCUUCAUGAAGAACAAUGCUCAGCUUCACGGAUUCAUUCCCAUAGCACCAGUUGGUACCAGAAGUUACAUUCCACAGCAGUACCAGAGUAUUCAGACUCCCACUCUGAUUGUGUUUGGAGCCCUGGACACAAACCUGGGUGCCCAGUCCCACAAGAACCUCAUACAACUUCCACAUCACUAUGUGCUCAAGUUAGAAGGUGCUCGCCACGCCUGCUACAUGGACAAACCCAGAGAAUUUCACCAGGGAUUGAUCGACUUCCUCAGCAAAUUGAAAUGAGAUGCGUAGCAGAGGAAGAUGGGGUAGAAAGAUGGAAACAAAAGAAAGACAAAGAGAAAAUAGAAAGAGGAGGACUAGUCCUCUAAUCAGUGGUUUAUUGUGGUGACAGUUUUGGUUAAAAAGUACUAGGAUCAGGAUUAUUCUCAUAUGAUCAUCUCCUGAAGAUCAUUGGCAUGGGAAUAGCUUUCAUUACAUGGAAAAUGGCAUGUAAAAUCGUGUAGUGGCCGUUAAUGAUACAAUAUUUGAGUUGUUUCCAUUGUAAAAGUUUUUUGUUUUUUUGUUUUUUUCAAUUUUCCAUCGUGUCACCCAGACACGAGAACAUUUCAGCACAGCUUGUUUUGAAAAUAGCAUCAGACAUGUAUAGUGGUGAGUUUCGUUUCAUGUGUUUCAUGUCUCUCUUUGCAUGUAAAAACAUGGAAUGUGUUUUCUUCACAGUUACCAUUUUUGUAGGUGACAUAUAGGUUACUGUAAAUAUGCAAAUGUAGCAGGUGCCUGUGUUUAAAUAGCUUAUGCUCGCUUUACAUUUGACAAAAAGAUUUGUAUAUUAAGAUCUGGUAACCACACCAGCUUCCGGGCAAACACAUGCUAUUCUGAACAAAAGCAGAACAGAACUGAUACACAGUGUAAUAAAGAUAUGAAAGAAUAUGGACCAUAUAUAAAAUGAAAAAAAAAGCUCACAUUAUUUGUAUAAAGUUGUA